AAGAAACUUCGAGAUCAAGAGGUAUCUUCGGGGAGACAAGACACUUCAGAAGAAUUGAUGUCCUCUUAUCCACCUUCUACCAAUAAUGAUGUGAGCCAGCUUCUAGCUGAAGAUUCUAAUCCUGAA